UGGCCAUAGCGUGUCCCUCCCCGCCUCACGCCGUCCCCGCUCCCGCUGUGGCCGCCGUGGCGAUGUGGCGCAGCGCCGGCCUGGCUGGCGACGCGCAGAAGGCUGAGACCAAAGAGGAAUUCGUAAAAGUUAGAAGGAGGGAUUUGGAAAGGCUGACAACUGAAGUUAUGCAACUGCGGGAUUUCUUACCCAAAAUAGUAAAUGGAGAUAUCCUGGGGACAUUCCAGAAGCUGGAUGCUAUUGAAUCAAGCCUGGAGAAGAAGGAGGAGGAAAUAGAGCAGCUGAGGAUGGAUUGUGAGCACUUUAGAGCCCGUUUGGAAACAGCCCAGGCGGAUUGCAUGAGAGAGAAGAAGGAGAAACUGGACCUGCGGCAGCAGCUGAAUGAGGCCAAGCAGCAGCUCCUGCAGCAGGCAGAGUAUUGCACAGAGAUGGGAGCAGCAGUGUGCACCUUGCUCUGGGGGGUGUCCAGCAAUGAGGAGGCUGUGAAGUCCAUUCUAGGAGGAAGUAAAGCAGUAAAAUUUUUCACAAUCACUGCCCAGACCAUGGAGAGCUUUGUAAAGUCAUUAAGUGAAGACAUGAAACAGCAGGAUUUGGAUUCUGAAGAAAAUCAGUUUGUAUUAGCUUUGGCAGGGAUUGUAACAAAUGUGGCUGCGCUGGCGUGUGGCCGUGAGUUCCUGGUCAGUUCCAGUCGGGAGUUACUGGACACGAUGAUGCAUCUCCUGGGAGACAUGAAGCCAGGACUCUGUAACAAAUUUAAAGUGCUAAUGCUAAUGUCACUUUACAAUGUGAGUAUCAACUUGAAAGGCUUGAAGUACAUCAGUGAAAAUCCAGGUUUUAUUCCCCUGCUUUGGUGGCUGUUGAAUGAGAAUCAUCCUGUUUGCCUUUCCAUUGUCAAGCUCCAAAUGUCCAUUACCUCAACCUGUACACCAGGCCCAUCUUUCUCCCACUGCCUUGUAUGCAGCUGAUAACUCCCUCAAAUUCCUUCUCUGAGUUCUUGGUCUCUGCCUAUCCUUGUCCCCUGAAGAAGAAUGUCCUUCCCAUUAAAUGAAGAGAGGAAAAAAACUGACUCGAUUUUCUUUAUUUCCCUUUGUUGUAUCUGAAGCAAAGAGGGAUUUGAUUCAAGUUGUCUCACAGCAUUUUUGAAGAGACAGAAAUGUGCCUCAAUGUUGAAUACACCAAUUGGAAGAGAAAAAAAGGGAAAAAAUCUAAUAAAGAUUCCUAAUGGAGUAAGAAUGUUAACAGCAAACUGUCCUACUGUCUUUGGGAAACUUGGAUGAGCUGGUUUGACUUCAUGUUCACUAACAAGAAUUCUUAAUAGCUCUUUCUGCUGGAAAAUAUCAUAGGAGAAAACCAAAUGUUUCUACUGAUACAGGAGAAAACCAAAUGUUUGACACAAUGUUUGAAGACAAUGCAGGUAGUUUUCUCACUUCAUAAGGUGGGCUUUUUCUUCCUUUUUUUCUGCCUUUGUAAAACUUUCUGAAAGAUGGACACCCUUUAAUAACCAACGCUGCUCACUGAAUCCUCUGUGUAGGUAUCAGCUGUGCCUGCCUACACCUUCCCAGCCUGGCACCAGCAUAAAGCACAUGAAUGAUGACUCAGAUUUCUGUCCAUGGAGCAGCUUGUGGGAUCAGUAGAGUUCUCCUCUUGUGGAGCACCAUUUGUUUGCAGAGCAGCUGUUCCCAUCUUGGACAAAACAGGCAGCUUUAGUUUCCUCCAUCAGCUGCUGUCCUUGUGGUGGUGUCCUGGCUGAGGGUUUCACAUAACUUUCAGAUUUAAAGAAGCCCUGUCCUCAGCCACAGAAAAAGAAGUCUGUAUCAUAUUGGGUAGAAAUCCACCUGAGAUUUGUCAGUAUUUUUUUUUCUGCUGAUUUCCAUCUAAAGCU